AUGCGGGGACCGGGGCCUGGCAGGAGGGGACCGCGCUUCCCGGUGCUUCCCGCUGCCCUCGGGGCCUGUGCCUGCGGAGCCGGGAGUUCAGCCAAAGCGCAACUUGCUGGUAACGAUCGAUCUUUCCCGAUCGGCUCCUGGCAGACGCCCUUCGGGCUCCUCAGAGUGUUCAGCGUUGUGAUCCCGUUCCUGUAUGUCGGGACUCAGAUCAGCAAGAACUUCGCGGCCCUACUUGAAGAACAUGACAUCUUUGUCCCAGAGGAUGACGACGACGACGAUUAAAGGAACUGUAAUGGAAGAACAGAAGGGAGUAAACCAUUGACAAAGCAAUGGUUCCAACAUCUGUCACCUGUGUUUUGCCUUUGCUAAAUGGGACAGGGGGCCCUGUAUCCCCUGUGCCAGCGAGUGUCCUGCACAUGUCUGUAAGACAGAAAUCUGUAGAUCAGGGCUGAAGGAAGUGCUUGAUAGGCCCUGCAUCCUUGCACACACGCUCACCUCAAAGACUGCUUGAGAUUCCUUUUAUUAGCAAUAUGGGAAACACUUAAUUAAACAUCAAGAUUGAGACACAUG